GAGUGAGCUAGCAUUACGAGUAGCCACAUUGCGACCUUUCAGCUGUCUACAUCAUCUGCCGUCUCGUCGUCUGGAGCUAUCACUGUGCUCCUCGACGUCUGUCCCCGUGUCUUCAAAAACAUGGCGGCCCUCAAAGCUUUGUGCAGAGCGGAUACUUUGUUCUUCAAAAACCUCUCAGGUCCCUGCAGAACCAAAUUAAAUUUGGCAAAUCUCCAAUUGAGCAAGACCUGCGGCUGCUACUUUUCUACCUCCAGCAAAAGAAAUUCACGGUUCUACUCGGAUCCCACAGAGGCAAUCAAAGAUAUCCCAAGUGGAGCCACCAUUCUUGUGGGAGGCUUUGGAUUAUGUGGCAUCCCAGAGAAUCUUAUCAACAGUUUGCUGAAGACCGGCGUUAACGGUCUCACUGCAGUCAGCAACAAUGCAGGAGUGGAUAACUUUGGCCUGGGCCUGCUGCUAAAAACUAAGCAGAUCAAGAGGAUGAUCUCUUCAUAUGUCGGGGAGAAUGCAGAGUUUGAGCGACAGUAUCUGACAGGAGAGCUGGAAGUGGAACUGACACCACAGGGAACACUUGCAGAGAGGAUCAGGGCCGGGGGUGCUGGGGUUCCCGCCUUCUUCACAGCCACUGGCUAUGGCACACUGAUCCAAGAGGGAGGCUCUCCUAUUAAGUACAACAAAGAUGGCAGCAUUGCUAUCGCCAGUGAGGAGAGAGAGGUGCGGGAGUUCAAUGGCAGGCAGUACAUCAUGGAAAAGGCCAUCACAGGAGACUUCGCACUGGUCAAGGCGUGGAAAGCUGACAAGGCUGGAAACAUUAUUUUCAGAAAAACAGCCAGGAACUUCAACCAACCCAUGUGCAAGGCAGCCAAAACCACCAUAGUUGAGGUGGAGGAGGUGGUGGAUGUUGGGACCUUUGCUGAAGAGGACAUCCACAUACCCAGCAUCUAUGUCCACAGGGUUGUCCAGGGAGCCAGCUACGAAAAAAGGAUUGAGAAACGCACGGUAAAGAAAAGCCAAGAAGAGAAGCCCAAACCGAAGAAGGACUCAGAUAUUGUUCGGGAAAGGAUCAUCCGCCGAGCUGCUCUGGAGUUUGAGGAUGGGAUGUAUGCCAACCUCGGUAUUGGUAUCCCCAUGCUGGCCAGCAACUUUAUAAAACCAGACAUCAGUGUAAACCUCCAAAGUGAAAAUGGAAUUUUGGGACUGGGCCCGUACCCCACUGAGGAUGCAGUGGAUGCAGACCUGAUUAACGCUGGGAAGGAGACUGUCACUGUGCUCCCAGGGGCCGCCUAUUUCUCCAGUGAUGAGUCAUUUGCCAUGAUCAGAGGUGGUCACAUCAACCUGACAAUGCUGGGAGCCAUGCAGGUGUCAAAACAUGGAGACCUAGCCAACUGGAUGAUCCCAGGUAAGAUGGUGAAGGGAAUGGGAGGAGCCAUGGAUUUGGUGGCUAGCGCUGGAACCAAGGUGGUGGUCACAAUGGAGCACUCAGCUAAGGGAGGAAAACACAAGAUAUUAGACAAAUGCAGCCUGCCUUUAACUGGAAAGCAGUGUGUGGAUCGGAUCAUCACAGAAAAGGCCGUGUUUGAUGUGGAUAAGACAAAAGGCCUGACUCUGAUAGAAGUAUGGGAGGGGCUCACUCCUGAGGAUAUCAAAGCAUGCACUGGCACCGAUUUUGAAGUGUCUCCCAACCUGAGGUCCAUGCAGCAAAUCUAAAUGGAGCUUGCAAUGGAUCUGACAAGUGUUUUUUGGUUUGUGUGACACUCGUUUUUUUAUCCGUGGUUAAAAAGCUGGUGAGGAAGCACCCAGAGACGGGUCAAAUACGCUUGUAAGACAGAACCGUUUGUUUCAGUUCCCUGCUACUCAGCAUACAAAUAUCAGAAAGGUGUAGUCCUCGCUUAUAUUCACUUGGAAAUCACAGGAGCCAACAUGCAUUGUUCGUUUUAAGGAUCUGAUCUGUCAAACGGUUAGGUAACAUUACAUUGUUGCCUAUAACACCAUUAAGUUAAUCAUUUUUGACUAAUAUUUGUGCAGCUAUUGUCAAAUAAGCCAUAUGAAAAUAACAGGGAAUACUGAAAAAUGCAACUUCACUAGUACUAUAAGCUAAAAUGAUACAAUCAUUUAUAUAAUAUUUAAUGCAGGUCAACAAUUAACAGUAAAAGGGAUUUAGAGAGCUGAAAUGUGAUGAAUUUAGAAAAGAAAAUGUGUGUUGUAGUUAAGGUGAUUAUUCGUUCAGCACAAAAGGAAAAAUGAUUGUGUUGCAGUUGUGUAAAGGUUGUGCUACACCAAGUAACAAAAACAUCCAUGGAUUAUACAUAGAAUGUAAGAUAUAUUUUAGUUUUUCUCGCUUUGGAAAAUUAAAGAGAGGUAAUAACAAGGAUCUGACUUAAACAUGUUUGUAAUAAUAAUCGCUGCCAGAAUGUAAAACUGUUUUUUUCUUACACAGGCAUUUGCUCUCCCCUUGCCUUUGUAUAUAAAAUCCAAUACAACCUUG